UUUGCCUCUUUCUUAUUCAUUUUGCGUGUUUCGUUGAUGGUUCCGAGUCAAUCACUAAAAUGGUAAUAUUAUAUUAAUCUUAGGUAGUCGCAUAUCAUCUUGUUCUGCUAAAAUGGUGUUUUACUACACAAGUAAUGUUUUUCUUUGUUUCCAGCGGUUUCGCCACCAGUCACUUUAUUCAUGGGAGUGGACAAGUAUGAAAGGUCAAAGCAUUGAUGACAUACCCUCGUCAGUGUUAGAUGACGCAGCCCAAUUAGUCAAACACAAUAGCAUUGAAGGGAAUAAAAUUAAUGAUGUAGAUAUUGUGUAUACAAUGUGGAGUAAUCUGAAAAAAACAGAUGGAAUGGAAGUUGGCCAGGUAGCUUUUCAUAAUGAUAAAGAGGUUCGGAAAAUGCGAGUAGCAAAGCGUAUUAAUGAGAUAGUCAAUAGGUUGAAGAAGACCGUGAAAUCUGCGCAACCAGAUCUAAGGGCAGAGAGAGAAGAACGAGACAAAAAAGAAAGAGCAACCAAAAAAAGGUUGCUUCAAGAGCAAAAGGAACGAGACAAAGAAGAGUUACGAAGGAAACAAGAGGAAGCUGAAUUGAGGAGCUACUCCACCCUAAUGAAAACAGAAAACAUGAAGUCUAAUCACGAUGAGGAUGGAAAUGAUUCUGAUGAUUUCAUGUAAUUUUAAUGGACUUUAGUUAUCACAUACCAGCUGCUGGAAUCAAAAAGAUAUGUGCCUGAAAAUCAUAAUUUUCUCGUCUCCUUAAUGACCUCCAAUCGGAAUUAAGACCAGUCUCAUGCAUUUUAAAUGUUCGUAAUUUUAAUCUUUGAUAGUACGAAAUUUAAAAAUCAAAUGUACCAUAUGAAUUUCUAAAAAUGAAAAAUGUGUUUAGCGCAUCGGGACAUUUUAAAUCUCUGCUCGUGUUUAUUAUUUUAGGAGAAAUUUAAAUAAAACAUUCAAAUUUUCUUUGAAUUUCAUAAAUGAGUGAUGAAAAUUCACCACCAAUUUCAGAAAAAUUUUGGUCCGUUUCUUGUACAGGGAUUAAAUAUCAGCAGUUAUUGGGAAUCUUGUAUUCGGAGAGAAGCACUUUUCAGCUUUGAACAUCAAUUGUCAAUUCAUAUAGUUAACCACUGUCUAGCUCUUUUCUCCCUUUCUGUGAGCAUUUUAUAUUGAAUCGUUCAUCGAGAUAGGCAAUCACCCCCUUUUAAAGGUAAUUUUGAUUCAUUAUUUCUCAUUUUUAGAAUUUUUUGAUGUUCAUCCCCUUUCCCCUUUCUCCCAGUUUCAGUCGCAAUGACUGUCCUGCAUUCAUUUAUAGAGUAAAAUAUCAAUGAUUAAAUUCAACUGAUAUUCAUUUAUAAUUCAGAAUAAAAUAACUGAAACAGAGUUGCUACUGACUAAUUUUAAGUCACUCAGGCCAAUAAGAAGAUAGAAAACUAUAGAAUGAAUGAGCUUAUUGAGUAAUUUUUAGUUAUAGCAUUUAUGAAAAUUUAUUCUCCUUAUUUUCUCUGAAAUCCAAAAUUGUUUAAUUUACUGCUUUAAAUCUAAUGUUCAGUUUCACCCAACCAGGUAAAAAUUAUCCAAGUGCAUGUAGAAAAAAGCCCAGUGUACCUAGAAUUUCUAAUUAAUCUUCAUCUGAUACAAAUUAUACAAUGGGCACUUUGGGCAGAGGCAA